AUGUACUCCGAGGUUAGCGGUUGGGUAUCUUCUCCAAAAGACACAAUCUUUCCAGAAACCAUUCCAGAGGAGAGCUCAAGUACUGAAGAAGAGCAUGUGGUCAUUUUUCGGUUACCUUCUCUCCCAGAAACUGACAGUAUCAAGGAAGCACCAAUAUACACAGCUGAAACAAGCAUUUUUCAUGUACAUAUGGGAAAAAAUGCUUCAUCAAAAUCAACAUUGACUAUAGAGCAAGUUACUGCUAUCUCAGGAUCAGAUAUGAAGCAACUAAAAGCAUUCAGACCUCCUAUUCAAAAGAUGGGGUAUGGUUUUUCAAAUCGUAAAUUAAUCUCCUCUACAGACAAGGAAUCAGUUUCCAGUGGUAGACAGCAGGAUUUGUUGUCAGUGAAACCCUCUGUUGUGUUGACUGAACAAGCUCCAAGAAAUAUUGACCUUGCUGCAGCUACAUUCUUGGAUGUGGCAGUAUUACGUUGCCUCUUUGUGUCACAAUGGCAAGAGGAGGGUGUCUAUUGGGCCUUACAGUUUUUGUAUCAUAGAUUGAAAGAGAUCAAUGAAGAUGCAUCUACUCAACAGCAGCCUAGACGAAGAAGUAACUCAUUACCAAUACCAAAGAUUGAAGUUUCACUGUAUCAAAGUCCUGAAUUAAAGAAGAGAGAAUCAAAGGAUUUUAUGGAAGUACCAGAGGUGAAAGAUGUAUCCUACCUCACAGGUGCGUUCAGCCUCGAACAUGAAGGGGGGCUUCUGGAAGAUGGCAGAAGAAUGAGCGUGAAGUUUUUUUCCCCCUCAGAAUCACCAUACUUUGGACGUAAGCAGUUGGAUGACCAAAGCAGUCACACUCGAAGAGCUAGUGAAAAAGUUAAGAAAAGAAUGAAAAUGGCUGAUUUGAAAGCUUUUGUAGAAACUAAACUUCUUUCUAAAUCUGAGAAGACUCUGGAAAAAAUUGGGCGAGAUGAACCAAAACCUCUGUAUGAGCAGGAUUAUCAUCGCAGUUUAGACACUGGAGAUGAACAUCUCACUAGGCCUUGCUCUGCCUUUGCCAAGAGAUUUGAACCUAAAUUGGACCCUGACAAAGGAUCAAAGCAACCCAGCAACUUGGUAAAAGGAAAAAGCAUGCCUAGUCUCAGGUACAUUGGAGAGAUCCAUCCUGACCGGCAAAAACAACGGCCAGCUGUUGGUGCCAUUCCUCACGGAACAACAAACCCUAUUAUUACAGUAACAGAGCAUACACCUACACCAUCACCUGAUUACCUGAAAAGACAGGGGUCCAUAGACAGCCAGCUUGAUGCCAUCAGUCUUCAAGGUAGCAAACAACAGUCUGAGCGAAAACCUAGUCUAACACGUUCUCAGACAGAUUCAAAUAUUACUUAUGCAACAGAAGAGGUGCCUGAAGCCCAGGGUUCUGCCUGUUACAUCACCAAAGAAGGAGAUAUUGACUACUUAGUGGUGUUAAAGGCGGUUCAUUCAGCAGCUAUUCGUGACAAUAUUUGCACAUUGCAUGUCUGUGAAGUAAUUUUGAAUCUGCUGGAACUCCUACUAGAUGCCGGUGUUCUUAAGGGGUGUAAUCGUGAGAGUUCCUCCAAAGCUGAUGUCAAUGGAGGAACCAGUACAGCUGCCGAUGCAACACCUAGCUGGACAGGGGGAAAAACCACUCCUGCACCUGCACCUACACCCACGCCUUCUCCUGCCCCAAAUGUGCAAGAAUCGUCCCCUGGAGGAAAACUUAAUGAAAAGGAGAUGACAGCCCAUAAUCUUGUGAUGAAUUGUGUCAUCAGAGUAUUGAAACAUCUAGGUUGUCCUCAUGGUUGUGGAGAUGGGCAAAGGGGUCCACCAGCUGACUUUUUGCGCUCUCAGGGGCAAUCAAUCUUAAGCAAACUACAUCGUGCGUGCUCUCGGCAAUUUUCUCGUUUCCUUCGAGACAUGGUUCGACAGUAUUCUGUACCUGAUUUACUUGACUUUUUCCAUGCUUAUGUUGGAUUCUGUGUUGAUCCCAGCUCUCUCUUAUCACCACUCACAGAUCAGAAAAGAAGUUGCAGUAAGUCUCCAGAUAUGGGCACUCAGGGGGGUUAUGCAACAAAUUUUGGAGCUGGUCUUGGAGGAGGAGGAAGCCGUGGGGUAGAAGGGCAAAUUAUUGCUUGUGUGUUUAAAUCUCUUGUCACACGCUUUGUAGGAUCUCUCAAAGAACUAAAAUCACAAGAAAACAUUAGUCUUUAUAGUGAUGUGAGAUUAUUAAUGACUUACAUCAAAGAAGCUCAUGGAGGAGUAUUUCGUCGAGUUGCAUUGAGCGGAUUACUGGAUUCAUCCAAUCGUCCACAUCGCAAGGAACCAGACACGCAAACAACUAGAGUUAUUAGGCAUGUCCACCAUUCUGAGACAGAUGACCAGACUGACCUAAGCCAAGGGUACUCAGGAGAUGAUCGAAGCAGUCGUAAGAUGCUUUUCAAGAAGAGAAGCACAUCCUCGACUUGUGCGAGCCUGCUAGAGACAGAAGGGGGUGAUGACUCAACAAAGGCAAGCCAAAGUCCUCUGGGAAACCUACGACGCAAACAGCAUAUCCUGACUCCACGUCAGAGUGAACGCAACUUAGGUGUGGGUGAACCAAUGCCAUCAACUUCCAAAGGGAAAGGAAAAGGGUCACGCUUUCCUAUUGGCGGUCUUGUGAGCUGGUUUAGAAGAGAAUACGGACGCACAGAAUCCACUGAUAGCCAAGAUGGAAGUGAUUCACCUGGAGAGGGAGGUUUCAUUCGACAACCAUCUCUUCAUGCUGCUUACAGACAAAGCACUCAAAGGGGUAGUAGCAGUCAAAUGGGACAAACUCUUCAGAGAGCUAAGAAAAAGAUGGAAGAUCAUCUCAAUAAAUUUGGUUUUAUCAAAGGAAAAAAGAAAGAUGGGAGCUUAGAAGAAUCACAAGACUUAAGCAGACGUAAUUCUCUUGAACUGGGAGAUCAUGGACGAGAAUCUGAGUUUGUUGUGUUGAAAGAACGCAAACUUGUUCCCCUUCUUCCUGUGAGGCAGGGCAUGCAAAGAUUUGCAUUUAUGCUUGAGACAUGUCAACCAGGUUCAAUACCAGAUCCUCAUCUUUUGGCAGCCUCUCUUGAUCUGCCUCAUGCUCCUGUAGUGUCAAGAGCUGCCCUACUGUUGGAAUGUGCACACUUUGUCCAUUGUUGUAAUAAAGGACAAUGGCCUACUUGGAUGAAACUCAACUUUCCAAUUUUUCGCCCUUCCGGCCCAUUAGUGAAUCGUGGAGCUCCUACUGGUCUGAGGCGUAGCCAUGUCUUGCAGCGCACAGCUGGAAAAAUGUUUUAUCAGUGGGCUGAGGAGUCUAUGCUUACUAGUGUGAAUUUAUACGGUUCUGAGUGUCCAGUUGCACUGCGCUUAAUCGCUUGCAUGUUACUGUUGGAAAUCACAGCAUUCCUAAGAGAAGCUUACCAAACCCUCCCAAAAUCUUCACGAUCAUCUGGAAGGGAAAGACAACCUCCUUGGGGUCCUAUAUAUAGUCGUGAAGCUAAUCGUAGAUGGAGUAUGGCUCUCUCAUCUAUGGGCCAUUCUCAAACAUCUGCGCAAAGCCUUCAGUCAAUCGCUGGAGAUCGUGAUGGGGCUCAAUGUUCUUUCUAUCAAGGUUUGCAAGGAGAACGUAAAAUCAGUUUUGUACUUCAUGAACCGGAUAAUGAAUCAGAAGGAAGCAGUAAUACAACAGUUACAAUGCAGGGAGAAGAUGGACAGAUCAUAGAAGAGAAGAAAGGAGGCCGUCGACCCCCACCCGGACGUCCAUUCAUUUUUCGUCGAGGUACAGGUGGUCCCUCAGCCACUGGAUCCUUCAAACGUCGUAGUUUAAAAUUGAGUCGUCGCCCAGGAAAAGAAAUGAAGGAGGAUUGUGAUUUUUUCCAUUCUGUGAAACGGACUGAUUCUAUACAAUCAAAACGAAAAGUGAGCUCGCUCUCAGAUCGCAGUGAUACUUCAGAACAAGGUGGUUGCGGUGAAGUCAGUGGAGAAGAAUCACCUGGAAUUUUGAGUGAUGACCAACCACCAGAAAGUCCUAGUGAUAGUAAUGACACUGACGACACAUCAAAGCAUAUGCCAUGGAUGAAGGCUGUUGUACUGAUGGCAAACUCAUUUAAUUUUUACUGCUCACAUCAAAAUUUUUGCCAUCCCUACUGUUAUCGCCGACACAUGAGAGCAUGUACUCGUCUCAUCAAAUCAGUUCGCAGGGUGUAUGGAGAAGAGUUUGGCUUAGUAACUGGAGCAGAAUUGGAAACAGAAACUGAAAAACAUCAUCGUGAUGAUACCAAGAAAGAAAAACAUCGAGGACGUAAAGUCUCAGAUCAAGCCAGUACUCAAGCAUCUCCCAUUCGACGAAAAGACAGCAUGGGUAGACGUGAUAGAAUUGAUCGUGGAUUUGAUAGUUCACAAAGUGCCAAAAUGGGAAUGAGUCAACGUGAGUCAUCACGGGACAUUGCAGAACAACAAGAUCAGGAGCGAGGACGACCACAGUCAACUGGGAAAAGAAAACAAGCAGAAGAAAAACCCAAGGAACAAGCUGUAAUACUCAAGUGUCAAUAUGUGCGCGAUGUCUUCCAUGCCCCUCUAGCUGUUUUAGUAAAAGGGGCUGUGGUUUUGGGAGAAGAACAUUUCAUUGAUGUUCUUCCGGUAGCUUGGGAGCUGUUGUUAGAAUCCAAUCAAGAAGUAGCUGCAACUGCAGCCUCACUUUUUAUUUUAGGGGCUGUUCGUGCCCCUAAUCAAGCAACAGACAUAAUGCAGCAUGGGCUUCAUCAUCAGACACCAGCAAUGCGUAUAAAUGCCAUUUUAAGGUUUCAGGUGUUAUGGAAAUUAAGGUACCAAGUAUGGCCACGAAUGGAAGAAGGUGCUCAUAUGACUUUCAAAGUGCCUCCACCAGGUAUUGAGUUUACUUUGCCUUCACCUAAGAUUGGAAUUGAGUCUUUACCUGUUGUUGAUCCACCCUGGAUGCCCCAAGUGAAGACAAAGGUAGAAGAAGUCACAAUCAGUCAGGAAAGCCAUCGCUCUUUGGUCACAGCAACUAAAACUCGCAAGAAGCAACAGACAGAGUUAAUCAAAAUGGCAUUACAAGCUCAAGAAGACAAAAAACGCGUAGAAAGAGAAAAUUUUCUUAUUACUACUAUACCCAUUACUGUUCAAGCUGCAUAUGAACCUAGUCUGUACCAUGCAGUUGGAGAUGAUCAUGAUGAAGGAGAUGAAGAACAACCAGAAAAUCAACGCAAUGCCACUCAUCACAUCCAUUCAGCUCAUUCAUUGUUUCCAUCCUGUCUCUGUUCUGCUGUUAUCCAAAUUAUCACUUUAUUAGAUGAUGCUGCAGUUUCUCCUGAUGGAAAUGCUGUAUAUGAAGUGGCUUAUCAGGUGAUAUGGAAUUGCCUUGUUGAAGAUUCAGCUCUUUUUCUUCGCUAUGUCCUUGAAAGACUUACUAGGGACAAACAAGAUCUCAUGUUUAAAAUCCUUCGUCAUCUCAUUCGGUUUGUGCCAAAACUACCUCAGCAAGCUGCAUUUGCUUUAUACAAUUAUAUAAUUGGCUAUGUCAUGUUCUAUGUGCGCUCUCCUCAAGAAGAAGGCCAACAGCUCAUUGGUACAGCUUUGUCAAUUUUGUGGAUGGUGGUUCAUUCAGUUCAUGGAAUAAUGUUUAAAGACUUAAAACAAAUAUUAAGAAAGGAACAAUGUGAUGCAUCUAUUCUCUUAACAGCAAAUGUACCUUCUGCAAAAAAAAUAAUAGUACAUGGACCUCAAGAUCCAACAGCAGGAGAGAUUCCAUCACAAUUUCCUGUACAAGAGGAUACACAAUUCUGUCAGAUUCUAAGGGAAUCAUUGGACUUUUUUGGUAUUGAUGAAGCUCGACACAAGGAAUUCUUUUUGGUGGAUUAUAAAACUCGUCAAAUUCACAAUCCAUCAUCAUAUGUUCGAGAUUAUUACUUUUUCAAGCGUUCACAGUAUCCUCAGUUGGAGCUGGUUCAUAUGAAACCAGAAGAAGCAUUCAAUGCUCUUCAAAAACAAGAACUACUUCAUAAGUUUGUAGAGAUUGGGAAAGUGCUACUUACAUGGGCAAUUCUAAAAAAUGUUGAUAUGGUUGUACAAAGAGUAGUUUUUCUUCAUGAAGAACUCAUGAAAUUACCUUCAUUUCCUCGAAAAGCUUUGGAAGCUGAUUUGGAUCUCUAUAAAGGUGGAGAAAUGGGAAAAGAGCUUAUGGGUCUGGAUGUUCUUCAUAAAUUUAUGUGGGUACGUCUCAUUGCACGUAUGUUUGAAGCAAUGGCAGGAAAUUUUGCAUACUCAGGAGACAUUCAUUUAUUUCUUAAUGUUCUCAAUGGAGCCAUUAUACUUCAUAGUGGAGAUGCCUGUAUCCUCCGUUAUGUUACAUCAACUUACAUAAAUGCAGCUCAUCAUUUCAAAAACAUUUUCUCUACAAAUGGGUACCUUUUGAUAAUGCCCACAUUGCUGCAGUUGUAUGCAAAUCAUCAAACAAAUAUGUUGGUAAAAACUACUGUGGAAUAUGCUGUUAAACAAUUUUACCUUAUGAAUAGAAAACCAUUCAUUCUGCAGAUGUUUGGAAGUGUAUCAGCAAUUCUGGAUUGUGAGGAGGAUAGUCAGUAUGGAGAUGCCCACAAAGUGCAAUCCAGUUGUUUAUUCAAUCUUCUUUUGAGUCUGGAAACUCCUUCCCCAGAUCCUUUGAAUAUUGCUGAGCUGGUAAAGGAAGAAAAGCCUCUAAAAGCAAUUGAUUUUUGCUAUCAUGAUGAAAAUGAAAUGGUAACAGUGCUUGACUGUAUAUCACUGUGUGUCAUGGUAAUAGCAUAUGCAGCUGAUUCUGUACGUGGUCAUCAAAUGCUGAUUAUCUUGGAAGCCAUUUUACCUUGUUAUAUGCAACAUAUUUCUCAACCAAAUUACAUUAAGGAUGGAAAAACAGAGAAAGAAAUUAUUCAUCAGUUAGCCGUGGCUGUACGCACUCUUGUACACAACAGUGAAGCUCUAGCAAAGAACUACAAUGGACCUCAGAAAGCCAGUCCAGAGCACAAGGGAUCUAGUCAACGUAAUUAUAGCAGAGGCUAUUCUCCAGGAUUUGAAUUUGAAGACGAAUCUCAUUCUAAGUACAUAAGUGAUCACAGUCGUACCAAAGUUGUGUAUGAGAGAGACUUAGAAGAUUCUGAAGUCCUACGAAAUGAAUUCCGCAGACCUCGAGAUAUAAUUCUUAACCUAGUAGCAGAAUUUUUAACAAAAAGUACAAUAAGAUUAGCUGAACUUAACAAAAAAGCUGGGUCUGAUGGAAAGCCUGUAGAAAUAUUGGAUAUAAGAUCUCAUGUACGAUUAGCAGAUGUGGCUCAUAGUCUUCUUAAAGUGUCUCCGUAUGACCCAGACACUAUGGCAUGUCGAGGUCUGCAACGUUACCUCAAUGAAGUUCUUCCUUCCACAGAAUGGACAAAUGAAGCUAUGAGACCUGCUCUCAUCACAAUCUUAAGAAGACUUGACAAAACUUUCAAUAAAAUCUAUAAAAAGCCAUCUAUUCGGCGACACACUGAUUGGGAAGCUGCUGCUGGACUUUUGAAGGGCAUAUAUGAAACACUGUCAAGAUAUCCUUAUAUUGUGCACAUGCAACACCUGAAGGCUCUCAUUGGAACCUGUCAAGCUCUAAUUGUUGGGGAUUCCAACACUUCAAGUGUUGGCGAAUGCAUUUCUUCAGCUAGUGUAGCACUUAUGAGUCAAGUGCCACCUCCUCACUUUUGCUCCACUGUGGUGAGACUUAUUGCCCUGCAAAUUCUUGCUAUUGGGGAAACAUAUUCCUUGGAACAAGUCUGUGGUGGAAGUUCUGUGUUUCCUACACAAGAAAAGACUGAAAACAUGCUCAUGAAUCUUCUUAUGCCUUUAUGUUUACGAGUUGGAAGUGGAAGGAAAGAUGUUCCUCGAUUACGACAGACUGACAUUAGCUUUUGCUUGACUGUGGUUCUGCAUGCAAUGAAUCCACCAGCCACUAAAACUGCUCCUGUAACUGCACAGAAUAUUAAAAAUGCAUCUGAGAUGCGAGUUGGAAGCAUAUACAGUGGGAGAGAUUCAAAGAAGUGCAGUCAAGUAUCUCCAUCAUUGUAUCAAGUGGCAUUCUUAGCAUUGAAGAUAAUGAUGAUAUGUUUUGAAAAUGAACUGGUGUUGGACUGGUUACGAAUUGCACGCACUGUAAGAGACCUUGGGAAGAGAAAUGAUGCGGGACCAAUUUUUUGGACAUUUUUAGACUUUGUUGUGACUCAAAGAACUCCACUUUUUGUUCUUCUUCAGCCCUUCAUUAUGCAGAUGCUAGCACAGACACCUGCCAAUGAUACAGAACGCCAUCUUCAGUUUGUGAUCAGAGAGAAAAUGAAGGGCUUCAGUCUGCCUACACCCAAAGGUCGAGGAUCAUUACUAAUGGAUUUGGCACAUGAAAUGAAAGAACUAAAGGAAGAAUUGGAGGACAGACGAUAUGAUGAGCAAAGAGACAACAAGAGACCAACUAUUAUAACUGAUACACAGCCACAAACACAAACUCAACAACAGCUUCCAACAACGGGUCAAGGGACUGAGCCAGCUCCAACACAACGUAAGAGACCAUCUCUGAUUGACUUGCUGAGUGGAGAUUUGGCUGCUCGCCGGGACAGUGCCACAGCUCAUUCCAGUGAAUCACAUGCAGCAAGUCAAAUUGCUCAAAAGGAGUCCGAGUCGGUGUCGAGCAUCAGUCUGGGCUCGACUCAGUCAGCCCUGACACGCGGGGAGGCGAGCGAGGGCGGGGCAGGGGACACUCUGUCCUCCACCACUGCCAGCUCCUGUGUGGAGAAACUACCCGCAGGUAUCGCCUACCCUGAACUGGCCUCCCACAACCAUUUUCCUUUCCCCGGUGUUCUGUAAUGUCUUGUCUUUCUUCUUCUUGAGAGAAGCAAGAAGUCUCCACUCCAGCACAUGUUGUUGAGGUCUCUGGGCGCUGUUAGCCUUGUUUUGAUGUGGCAUGUUUCAGAUAGGUCACGUCAGUCUUCUGCUAGUGAUGAACGUAAAAUAUCAAGUCAAAAGACUGAAGCUUUCUUGCCUCAUCAAAAAGCCUCCAAACUUCGUUUUGUGUCUUCAGUAGAGUAUAGGCACUCCUCAGGAGAGACAUCGACCACACCUCUCAGUCCAAGCAGUCCUGCAGAAGAUAGCUCAGGAGAACUUGGGAGUCUCCAAGACAAACCUAGACUGCAACGUUCAAAGGCACAGAGUAGAAAGACAUUCAGGUUGAGGAAGAGCAGAAAAAGCCAGCUUGGAGUAAGUAGAAAUCUGUAG